CACCCAGGCUGUUUUUCUUCAAAUAUCCAUCGCAGCAAACUUGUUGCAGGAUCUUUUUCUCUGUAGUCUGCACUUUACAGCGAAAAGCAUGUUUUACGUUGUCUGCGGCUUUUCAGCCUUACUAUUUGUUACACACUACGUGACUGCUAUAAGACAGCUUCCAGGAAUUCAAAGUUACGAACUGGUAGUCCCACGAAAACUCCACAGUCAACACAAAAGAGAUACAGAGGCACAAUAUCCUGAUGUCUUGAAGUAUGGACUUCGUGUUGAAGGCAAAGACCUGGUAUUACAUCUGGAAAAGAAUGAGGAUUUGAUAGCCAAGAACUUCAGUGAAACAUAUUAUUUACCAGAUGGCCAAGAAGUUACUAACACACCUGAAUACAAGGAUCACUGCUACUAUCAGGGACACAUUUCCAAUGACAACAACUCAGCAGCAAGUAUCAGUAUCUGUAAUGGAAUCAGUGGAUAUUUCCAGACUGCAGAACAGAGGUAUCUUAUUGAACCUCUUAUGGUCAAUGAUACGGGUGUCCAUGCAGUGUACCGUUAUGAGAAUAUAACAAAUGGCCCAAAGGUUUGUGGUGUAACAAAUGACACAUGGGAAGGUGGUGGCCCAAAAUUAUCAAGAACAGUUCUUAAUGCUGAGAAAAAGGAGUUUCUCGCAGCAAAAAAAUAUAUCGAGCUGUACUUAGUUGCAGACCGCACUGUGUUUGAAAAGUACAGGACACUGGAUGCAGUGAGGAAACGACUCUUUGAAAUUGUUAAUUUCAUCAACUUGGUUUACAAAGAAAUCAAUUCCUUUGUUGCACUCAUCGGCAUCGACAUCUGGAACAAUGGUGACAAGAUGACAGUGAGCUCUAAUUCAGGGACAACGCUAGACAGUUUUAUGAGCUGGCGCAGUUCAGAUCUACUGAAGAGAAAACAGAAUGAUAAUGCUCAGCUACUAACAAAUGUUGAUUUUGAUGGAGCCACUGUUGGUCUGGCUUUCGUGGCUACAAUGUGUGCUAUGCAUUCUGCUGGUAUCAUUCAGGAUCACACUUUAAGUUCCAUUGGUAUAGGAGCAACUAUGGCACAUGAGAUGGGACAUAACCUUGGAAUGAGUCAUGACACAAGUUCCUGUGUCUGUUCCUCUGGGUCCUGCAUAAUGCAAGCAUCACUAAGUUCUAAUUUCCCAAGAGAGUUCAGUUCCUGUAGCCAACAAAACUUGCAAAGCUUCUUUUUGGACAAAAUGCCCCAGUGUAUUCGGAACAUUCCAGAUAAGCAGAUGAUUGUGGCAACCCCAGUAUGUGGCAAUGGUUUUGUGGAAGUUGGGGAAGAUUGUGACUGUGGAACUGUACAGGAAUGUGUAAAUCCCUGUUGUAAUGCGUCAUCCUGCAAGCUAAAACCCCAGGCACAGUGUGUAGCGGGAGAGUGCUGCAAAGACUGCAAGGUUAAACCAUUUGGAGAUGAGUGCAGGGCCAGUAAACAUGACUGUGACCUUCCUGAGUUUUGCAGUGGUCAGUCAGCAGUGUGUCCACCAGACAGGUUUAGAGUCAAUGGCUACCCUUGUAGCAAUGGUAAAGGAUACUGUAUCAAUGGAACAUGCCCCCAGAGAGAUCAGCAAUGCAAAUAUAUAUGGGGACAAGAUGCUGUAUUGGGAACAGAUGAUUGUUUUCAGCAUAAUACUCUAGGAAGGCACUUUGCUUACUGUAAGAAGUCUCCAGCUGGUACCUUCAUCAGCUGUAAACAAAAGGAUAUCUACUGUGGAAAGCUGUUUUGUAUAGGUGGAACGUCUCCAGCCUUUGUGCGCAUAGCAACAUAUGGGACUUGUAAAACUACUUUUAGUGAGGAAAAAGACCUUUCAUUAGUGAAUGAUGGAACAAAAUGUGGAGAAGAAAAGGUAUGUAGCCAAGGUGAGUGUCUGGACAUUGAAGCAGUCUUCAGAUCUACAAACUGUUCUGCCAAAUGCCGGGGACAUGCUGUGUGUGACCAUGAACUGAAAUGCCAGUGUGAGGAAGGCUAUAAACCACCAUACUGUGAAAAAUCUCUCUCACGAGGAGCUGUGAUUGCAAUUGCUGUCAUUGUGUGCAUUGUCUUGAUCGCACUAAUAUCAGGAAUAUUAUUCCUGUGGUACAAAAAUAAAGGAAGAAGAAGAGGCCAGAGACAAUACGUGAAAACUGUGUCUGGGAUAACUAAUCCAGGUUUUGCACAGCAAGAACAAAUGAAGAAUAGACCAAAUCAGAUACCCAACACUGUGGUCAUGGCUCCAACUUCAUCCACACCUGUUCCACCUUCAAAACCAGGAUAUUUGUCUGCACCAUCUGCCCCUGCACCUGCCAGAAAGCCUUUGCUUCCACAAGGGCAAAACCAGAAUGUAAGACCACCUGUCCCACCAUCUGCUCCAAAACCAGUUUUAGCACCUUCACAACCAUCUAAUAUAAGGCCAGCAUAUAAACCUCCACCACCUCCUAUAUCAACCAACAAGCCAGUAUAUCCUGUGCAGGCCUUGAAACCCAUCAACAAGCCAAGGACAUGAAUAUGGUUCAUAUUACCUGAAGAAAUGAACCAUAGCUUUACUCAGUGGCUAAUUUUGUUCUUACGCUUAUUUUGUCAGUUGCAUAUUUCUUCUCUUAAGAUUCACUUAGGUAAAGACAGACAGACAUUCUGCUUAAAACAGUGUUUAAUGAUUGUGCCACUGUUUUAUUAUGGAAAUCUGACUGAAACUUUGGGCACAAUCUUUAAUUUAAAUAAAAUGACACAGAAGACUGCACUGUGUGUCCUGAUCAAUAAUUCACUGGAGCUGAUCCUUCUGAUAUAAAAUGUAAUGACAUAUAUUACUCAUAUGGUGAGUUACUGUGUUUUGUGACACUGAAUAUAUUUGAAUAAACUAUGUGGGGCACUGA